AUGAAGGUACUCGAGAUAGACGCCAAAUGGCAGGCCGAGCUGGCGGAAAUCACCCGGGCCGUGUCGAAAAGCCGCAAGGUUGUUGUUCUGACCGGUGCGGGGAUCAGUUGUAACGCUGGGAUCCCCGAUUUCCGCAGCAGCGAUGGGUUGUACAACCUGGCCAAGCGCACAGACAAGCAAAACACCAUCGUCAAGGGAAAAGAUCUGUUUGACAUCUCGCUGUUCAGAGACGACGAGUCGAUCACGCUGUUUUGUCGGUUUAUGCAGCAACUCUAUGCCAGGACGUGCGAGGCACGUCCGACAAAGACCCAUUGGUUCAUCCAAAGGUUGAAACAGCACAACAAGCUGCUCCGGUGCUAUACACAGAACAUUGACGGUUUGGAAAGACACUGCGAGCUGAACACGGGGGUGGAUACCAACUGGAAGAAUCUGGACGUUGUUCAGUUGCAUGGAGAUCUAAACAGACUGAGCUGCACAAUGUGUUACCAGACGUUUGCAUGGGACGAGGAGAACAGUGCUCUUUUACAAGACGGGGAGCUGCCCGAGUGUCCAACGUGUUUGGUGAAAUUUAGAGAAAGAGAGGAGCAAGGAAAACGUGCCACCAGGACCUC